CCCCCCGGUCACCUUCGGCGGGCGGCAGCCAUGGUGUUCCUGCCCGACGAGUCGCGGUCGCUGCCGCCGCCGCCGUUGCUCAACAAGGGCUCGGUGUGGCUCGGCUUCGCGGGGUGGAUAUCGGCGCUGUUGGACAACGCCUUCAACCGUCGCCCCAUCUUCGGAGCCGGCAUCCACCGGCAGGUCCUGUUGGCUACCCUGGGCUGCGUUGUGGGCUACCACCUGGUGAAACGCGCCGAGUACGUGCAUGCCAAGGUGGACAGGGAGCUGUGCGAGUACAUCAGGCAACAUCCAGAGGACUUCCGGCGAUCAACAGGAAAGAAAAGAAUAGGGCAGCUCUUGGAGGAUUUCCAGCCAGUUCGCUGAGUGGUGACACAUCACAGAAUGAAUUCCUGCCAUCCUGAGAACUUCAGCAAGGUGGCUGCAACUCUUGAACCGUCCAUGGCUUAAAACAUGAAACUUUACUCACUUUCAUAUAAUAAAAGCUUGAUUAAAUAGUUA